AUGGGUGGCAUCAAUACGGCUCAUGGAGACAUUGCGCGGUGCCUCAUGGCCGCGCUGACCGGGCAGAUCAGCAAUGACACUGCGGUGGUGCUGAUCUUCGAGGAUACGGACAACACCCAAAGCAAGUACUGGUGGGUCUUAGGCCGUGCCUUUCUGGCGGACUUGGAGGUCCUCACCGAGUACACGGUGCUGCGCCACUGCCAGCGGUUUGCGGAAGCGAUCCACUCUCAGGAGGCGGAUGUCUUGGAGGGCCACUUCAGGGGCGCUGCCCUGUGGCCCGCGGCCGACAACUUCUUCCGCCACUUGGCGGGCGGCGCCUUGGUGCUUCUGGAUGAGAGCUUUCCUCCAUUGCCUGUGGCGGCACACCUCGCAGGAGGAGAGGGACUCGAGCGAGUUCCGCGCGCCGUUUUUCUGCUCGGCUUGAGGGAAGAGCUGAGCCCGGAGCAGCUCCGACGCUUCGAGGAGGCGGCGGCGGCGGGAGCCUGGCAGAUGUUGCGCCUCAGCCUCGGCUGGGUAGGGGAGUUCACCUCCAAAGUGGUGGCGCGGCUCCAGGUGCUCCACAGUCGAGACCUGCUGCUCACGCUGCGGCGUCUUUGCGGGCAGGAGGCGCCGAACGAAGCCGCUUGGCCGUGUCCUCUCAGCCGGGACCGCGAGCUCUUCUUCAAAGAGGGGCCGCUGGUGCAUUUUGUGCUGCCCGCGCACAUGAGGCUGGAGGACUUGUCGUGCGACCCCUGCAGCCCUGCAGCAGGCGCCUGCAGCCUUGUGGCGCGCGCCUGCAUCGCAGGUUUGUGGCGAGCACAUCACGCUUGGGACCGGUGCCGACUCUCUUUUGUCUUUGAGGACGGCGUGGUCACAGUGACCCGGCGCUUCAAGGGCCGCUUCCAGCGCAAGCGCCAGACGGAGUACCACGUUCUCAAGGAGCUGCGGCAGCUCAUGGACCGGGCCAGUCCAAAGGCCACGCUGAAGAAGGCCUGCACGGUGCAGCUCCUCUCGGAUGACCCCGUGCUGCCUUACAGGCCUGAGGGCACCAUCGAACUGCAGCUCGAGGCUUCGGAAGCGGCUGAAGCGUGGCCGCUGGUGCCGGAGCUGCUUCAGGCGUUGUGGCAGCCUCCGGAGGGCGAAGACCAGCCGAGCUGUAUGGUGCUGCUGUGCUGCUUCACAGCACCGCCCUGGCGCAACUUCGACGCGUGCCGGCGAUUCGCUGCGGGCCUGCGGGGAAUCGACGAUCACUUCGGGGCAAGGGGCUGA